AUGCCGUCAUUUUCGACGUUGUCCAGGUGUAUCUGUUUGAGUGAGAAUGCCAUGCUACAGGCGAGCUGCCAAAAUGACCAUGGGCUUUGGGAACAGCAGUCAUUCAAUCUCAAUGACAUAUUAGGAAAUGAAGAAGGCUACUUCAAGCUAGGAAGUCAAGCUUUCUCCAGAUCGGCACGCCGUAUCUGCCUUCUCUCCUCAUCACCCCCAAUUUUGAAGGCAGAACUACGCACGAGCAAUGGAACUUGGCGCGAGGAUUCCGUCAACCUUGACCACUUCAUUGCGGUUCAUCAUGGUAGACUUGCUUUCAAAAACGCGCGAUCCGCCCCUAACUUCCUGCUCGAGCUCGGCAAGCAGAGAGGUACUUUCCUUGACAAUGUACGAGCCAAGAUUGAGAGCUACGUCGAAGAGACCGGCGUAGACUGUUUGGCGGUGAUUGAGAAGAAGCCCGAAUCCGUUGAUGAGACACACGAGCCAGGCGAUCUUGAAUUCGCCCCAGCAUUCUUUUUCUUCCUGAUUGAGAGAAGAUAUCGUGGGCAUGAAUGCGAGUCUGCACUUAUACAACCAAUCAUUGACAUCAUAUCAAAUAGCUUUUCGGAGCUCAUGUCUGCCAAUUCUGAAAAGCUUCAACUGUACCUUGGAGAACAGGUCAUUCAAAGCUUUGCCAACUUCUCUCGCUCUGAAAUUAGGAAAGGAUGCAUCAAGAAUACGACAGACUUGGUGAACAAAGUCAUCAUGAAGACCAUGUUGUUAAAAGCAAAAUUCAGCGUACUGAAGCCGCUUGUCAAGACUCAACUCCAGGGGGGCUUGAAGUCGCUGAUCAGCAAGACGAUCAUUAAAAGUCUCCUGAAGGCCGCAGGCAUCGGGAAGCUAUCACUCCUGAAGGGAGCUUUUACCACUUUGUUUGCAGGGUAUAUCAUCUACAAAAUCACCAAGUUCCCAAGAGACUUGGGAAAGAGUCUGAGCGCUGGCCUUAAUGCCAUGCUCGAAGACAAUCUUGAGGCUAUGACUCAAUCGCUCUUUAAAACCGUCCAAAGCGAGGUGGUCGAUAUGUGCAAAGGAAAGGUCACCGAGCACUUUGGCGAAGCCCUCAAAGAAGAGUUCAAGGAAGAGUUCAAAGAGGCAAUCAAGGAACGCUGGAAACAGACUUGA